GUAAUCUAACAAAACACCUAGUAUUAUCACAUUUCGCUGAUACGUGCAAAGUGAUACUAUAUCUUCUCAUAAACAAAAAUUACAAAAUUCAUGUACAUUGCCUGAUUUUCUAUCUUGAAAAUGUAAACUGACCUAGGUGAAUUGAUCAAGCGGUGUUUCGUAAUACGCGUUGAACUGUUUGUUUGAUCUAUAACGGAUGAGCAGCUAUGAUACAUUCCCAUUUAAAAGCAAUUAUCAAGUAUCAAAUCUACUUGGAUCCGGAGCAUAUGGACGCGUUUUCAAAGGGACAUCUUUAAAUGGAACGACGGUUGCAUUAAAAGAAAUACUGAUCCCUACUGAUGAUGAAGGCAUUCCACUGAGCACUCUACGUGAACUUAGUGUUCUAAAGAAGGUGCAGUCCUAUAAUUGCCCUUACCUCGUGCAAAUGCUUGACAUUUCAUUAAAAAAGCAAGAUACAGGGAUAUCGAUUUACAUUGUUUUCGAGUUUGUUGAUUGUGAUUUAGCUCGUUUCCUUUCUCACCAUGUACCUUCGACUGGCCUUCCACCUGAAACCAUCAGGAAUUUAUCUGAACAGUUGCUCCGUGGUACUGAUUUCCUGCAUUCACAUAGAAUAAUUCAUCGCGAUCUUAAACCGGCUAAUAUUCUUAUCAAUAGGGAAACUUUGCGCUUGAAGAUAACUGACUUUGGUUUAUCUCGUGUACUCGGCUGGGAGUCUUCACUUACACCGAUUGUUGUUACACUGUGGUAUCGGUCUCCGGAGAUUUUAAUUCAAUCUGAAUACUUAUCACCUUGUGAUAUAUGGGCUGCCGGUUGUAUCAUAGCAGAGUUAUUUAACUUACAGGCAAUUUUCCGUGCAGAUACAGAACUAGAGAUGUUAAAACUUAUAUUUCGAGUUAUUGGAUUUCCUGCUCAAAAUGAAUGGCCUGCAUUGUCUUACUUGAAACGAUCUAAUUUUCACUUCAACUCAUCUGGUUCAAAAUUACGUUCGUGUAUCAAAACUAACGAUAAAUCUGCACUCGAAUUACUUGAACUAAUGAUUCAGUUCAAUCCAAAAAAGCGAAUCACUGCCUUCGAUGCACUUUCGCUACCGUAUUUUCAUCCUACUGUCACUAGUAGUACUAAUACCGGUGGAUCCGUUCAAAACCAUAUUCAACACAUUGAAACUGCUCUAUACAAGCCAUUAUUAAGAAGUGCAAAUGCUUCUCGAUCAAAUGGACGACAAUCCCGCUACUCUGUGAAUGCAAUUUAUCCUACACAGUCAUGUGCGGCUGCAUUGUCUUCUUAUUUCCAGAAUAAUUUGCCUUCUGCAGUUAAUUUUCGCCCAUGUCCCGUUGGUGGUGGUGGCAUUGAUGAAGUUGAUGGUUGUGUUCCAUUAACAAAUGCUCAAACUGUACCUCACACACUUCACUCAACAUUUAAUCAUUUAGCUAAUUCUGCACUUACAGAUGACCAAAUAAUUUCUACUUCGUGUAGUUCUGAUAUUGAUCAGCAUCAGCGUAAUUUGAUUAUAUCUGUUGUAAAUAAUGCCAUUAAUGAUACCUCAUCAUCUGUACCCUUAAAUAACAUUGACCGUAAUUCUACCACACCACCUAGGAGACCGCUAACUCGACAACAAACUAAAUCUAUCCGAAGGCAUACACAACCCACUAGAACCUGUCUUAUGGAAAACAAUUACGGAGUGAAUAGUUCACAGAAAAUUGGAUACCAGAAGACAUGCAAGAACUCCAUUGAAAUCUUAUCAGAUAAUACAGCCGUACAAAAACCAAAUAAUACAGACCCUUUAAAUGUAACAAGUCAUGUAGUUAGACAGAAGAAAAUAGCUCGCCGUCGAACAGUCAUGGGGGUUGUAGAGACAGCUAAUUCUUCAACUAAACAAAUAAAAAAAAUAGAAACAAAUAAUAGAAAUACUAAAAAAUCUAAAGAAGCUACACCUCUUACAAGAACAUUAAUGCCAAGUAAAGUGGAGAACUCUAUCAAUUAUAUUGAUGCUACUUUACCUUAUGUUUCACUUAAUCGAGAAGAAAUUUGUAAUAAUAAGUCAAUAUUCACUGUUACUACUACUUCUGGUAUUAAUGUUACUACUGAAUCAAAUGAAUCGAAGCGAAAAGAGAUUACUGGAAAAAUUCUUCAACACAAUAAUGAUAUUGAUCGAUUUUCAGAAAAUUGUCAACAAUUUUUAUCACAACAUACUGCUGAUCAUCAUCGUUAUCAACAUUAUUCUCAUCAAGUUCGAUCAAGUUCACGAUAUUCACUUGGACCUACUACAUCAUUAUCUUCCAAUUCUAUUUUGCAUUCCAUUUAUGAACAUGAAAACUCUUCUGAUAAUAGUAAUCAUAAGAAAAAGAUGAGAGAAACGAAAUUAGUGGGCAAUAAUCAACAAAUGUUAAUAAAGUCAACUAGUCAUCCACCAUUAACUAUUGAAUUACAUGAUGAUGAUAAUAAUAAUGAGAACUAUUGUUUAUCAGAGAGGAGUAAUUCGAAUAAGAACAUAUCAACGACAUCAGAGACAGUAACCAAGACAACAAUAACAUUAUGUUCUCCAUCAAAAUUACCUCGUGUUAAUGAUCAAUUUUCUUCAAAUACUCUUGUUAACACAUCCCUAUUACAAUCAACCAAUCAUACAAAAUGUGUAAAAUCACUUACAACACAUCAUUUUAUUAAACAAGGAAAUAUUAACAUCGAUGAAGAGGAUACAACGGAUGAUGAAAUUGAUUCAGAUGAUAUUGAUGAAAAUCAACCAGCUAAUACAAGUCUUGGUAUUAAUACAGCAAUGACUAGUUUAGCUCUAGUUAAUAGUCAUAGUAAUAGUAAUAGUAAUUCUAGUCAAUAUAAGAAUACUACUACUGCUGCUACUAGUACUACUACUACUACUACUAUUCUUAGUAAUAAUAAUAGUAGUAGUAACAGUACGACUAAUAUUUGUAAUAAUAGUACAAAUAAAAAGGAAAUUGAUAACAAUCCUUCCAUUUCGACAUCUUCAACAACGGCAAUUAGUAAUAAUGAUGGUGAAUCAGAUAAUAAGAUAAUUCCUGUCUCAUUAUCAAGUAGUGUUACAGUUCAAUUGACAGCUUGCUCAUUAGAUCAGUUUCUAUUUAAAUAAAUGGAGAUUAUCAAAUACCAUUAUUUUGUUUUAUAAUUAUUAUUAACGGCUUGCAUUUUCUUUUUUGGUUUUUACUUUCUACCUUCCUUUCAUAAAAAUGAUCGGUAAAGGGAGAGACAGAAAGAGAGAAGUGCAUUGCAUUUCAUACUACUUAUUAAGUUCUUGUUUUGUUUUGUUUUAAUUUAACUAAUUAAAUUCAGUUUUGUUGAAUCCUUUGGGUUACUAAUUUUUUUUUCUUUAGUGCAUUUAAUUGUCAUUGUAAACACUACUACCUAUUCUUAGUAGUAUGUACGUACGUACGAAGUUCUGCGUUGUGACCCACUGACUGACUGAUUCAUUAUAUUUGAGUUUUUUUAUAUGGAGCAUUUUAUUUUUGUACGAUUAUUUUUCUUCAGUUAUUCAUGAACUCGGUGCCUUCACUUAUAUGAUUCCAUGUAUUUUGAUACAAUCUGUUUAUUUAUUUAAUGUGCCUUAUUAUUUAAUUGUUAAUGUCAACAGCAUUUUCUUUUUGUUAAUAAUCAAAUAUACUACUGAAAAGAUGUUUGUUAUUGUCCUUUUUUUUCUUCCAUAAAUCCAUUCUUUCUCAGUGUCAUUCAUUGAUCGAAACAUCAAAUUCUGAAGUCUUCUUGUUCUUUCCUUGAAAUCAGCUAGAAUAAUUACACUUAUUAGAGUUACUAUUUUGUCUUAUCAUUAUUGUAUAUAUAUAUAUAUAUACUUAUCGUUACGUCGUUCCCCUCGGUGGGGGGGGUUUCUUCGGUGAAAACAACAACAGAAAGAAGAUCAAAUUUUGAAAAAUAUACCAUUUUGUUCAUUAUGU